CUAUAUAUAUAUGUAAAACAUUUGUAUCUCUUCUUUUUAUUUAAAUCGAAAAUAAUUGAUUCACUCUGUAUAUGCAAAUGCAAAUCUAUUACUAGUGUCAUUAAUCUUGAUCUACAAUUUAUUGUCUCGUUUAACGACAGCAUUUUAUUUCUCUCUUUCUCUCUCUCUCUCUCUCUCUCUCUCUCUCUCUCUGUCUCUCUCGUUAUAUACACGCCCUUCGAAAAUGACUUUUCACGAUAUUUCUCUCGAAUGAAUUCAGGUACUUAUAUAAAAAUUUUUUUUUGAUAAACGAUUGUCGUUCAUAGAAAAAUGUAAUCGUGCCCGAUAAGCGACAUUAAUGCUACAAAUUUUAUUCAUUGUCACGCGCUAAAAUUGAGCCACAAGUUAGCAACCCUGUGGGAAACCACUGCAAAUAGUGCAACCCCCGUCGGUGGUGAAAAGCACGUAGGGUGAUUCUCGUUUUUCAAAGGGAAGGAUAUAUUUUAUCAUUGACAUUAAUAUUUUUCUAAACAUUGAAAUCGUUUCUCUAUUUUUUUUAGAUUUCUCUUUUAUUUUUUAAAUCACUAACAAAUUGAGGGAUAUGAUGAUAUAUAAGAACAUAAAUAUAUCAAAAUUGUGUGCUUAUGUGAACAUCCUGUAUAAGGCUAAGCCGAUGUUGACGUACAAUGGAUGUAACGGUGUAACAACGGAAACGGACAAUGGUUCUCCUGCUGAAUCAUUUUUAUCAGCCGAAGGAGAACUUGCCGAGGAGCCAGGGGAUUCGCCGGGUACUCCGAGAGAUACCGAGGAAGAGGCAACCCUUUCCGAUGAAUUUUAUUCCCACGACACCGACGAAGAAGAAGAACAGGGAAGGCGUAGGAGAGAUCGUGCGAAUUCCCUAGACGGCAUUUCAUCUUCCGGUAACGGUCAAUUAGGCUCGCCCACACUUCGGAUAGGCAAUGUUGGUGUUAGGAAAUUAUUUACGAACAGUCGUGAACGAUGGAGACAACAGAAUGUCAGCGGAGCUUUCGCUGAACUUCGAAAGCUUGUUCCUACCCAUCCUCCGGAUAAAAAGUUGUCGAAGAAUGAGAUUUUAAGAAUGGCUAUACGAUACAUAAGAUUGCUAAGUAACGUUCUUGAGUGGCAGAAUGCUCAAGAUCGAAACGGACUGGUCCAUACGCAAGAUGGUGUCAGAGUAAAAUGUGAGGGACACUUUAACAACAACAACAACAACAAUAACAACAAUAAUAAUAAUAAUAACAAUAACAACAACAACAAUAAUAAUAACAACGGUAUUCAAAAGUCCAAUUCUUAUCAGACAAAGUGCCCGAUUAAUUUAACGAAACAAGAGAAACAACAGAUCAACGAGAACGCCCUCCAAUCGUACAGAGUCCAUUAUCUCGGCCAACAACAAAGACAACAUCCUGUCGGUCAUCAUGGCGCCUGUGAUAAGAAUGGGAACAACUUGCUAAUGAUCGUACCAGCUGUAUCGUUAAACGAAUUGUCGGCCUCUUCGGUUGAUAAACACGUGGAUUCCUCGAAUGUUAUUUCUCAAGGUCACCAUCAUUCGGUUAAUCAUUCUUUAGGCUCUAAUCUGAUUCGUUCUUCGUUAUCUUGUUCGUCGUCAUCAUCAUCAUCAUCAUCAUCAUCAUCAUCAUCAUCAUCCUCGUCAUCCUCCUCGUCGUCGUCAUCGUCGUCGUCAUCGUCGUCAUCGUCAUCAUCGUCGUCAUCGUCGUCGUCGUCAUCGUCGUCUUUGUCGUCGUCUUCAUCGACCGUUUCCAACAGAGUUAAUAACUUUUCAAAAUCUCAACAAAUCAAUUACAACGUAUCCUCUACGAAUGGCUCCUUAGUAACUAAUGGAAAUAGUUCGAGUGUUGGACAAAAGAGAUUAUUUAAAGUCGAGAGACAAGACGACGAACAAUCUGGCAUUGGUAGAGAGUGUAGAUCGUCGUCAAUCACCGAACAUCCCAUUCAAGUGCGGAAGAGAGUUAAGGUUACUUUUGCCAAAGAUACAACAGGAAAUUUUCGGCAGGAUUUUAGACAUGUCGAAAGAAAGUGAACAUUGAAAAGAAGGGAAUCAAGCAAGAUAUGAGGAUUGGAUUGGAAAAAGUUUUUGUCGACUUUCUGUCUUACGUAUUUGAGAUAUUCCUAUUACUGUGUGACUGCUUUAUUAUUACUAUUAUUAUUAUUUUUUUUUUUUUUCAUUUUUUUUAUAUAAUUAUAUUUUUUUAAAAGUAAUUCGUUCAAUAAAAGUUCAUUGUUUUUACGAGACAGAAAGCUUAAGUGUUUUCUUGAAUGUAAAUAAAAAAGACAAUAUUAUGUGAUUUCAAUCGAAAAUGUAGAGAGAAAAGAAACAUUCAUGAAUCAUCGUUUCACAAAAACUUUAUUUAUUUAUUUGUUUAUUUAUUUAUUUAUUUAUUUAUUUAUUUAUGUUCGUUUAUCAUGACACUUUUGUACAUCCUGUGCUUGUGGCUUAUUUUAAACCGGUGCAGUGACUUUUUAAUUGUUACAAUAUAUAAACGAUCGAUCGAUCACGCACGUGCGCGCGUGAGAGAGAGAAAGAAAGAGAGAGAGAGAGAAAGAAAGAGAGAGAAAGAGA